GAAUCGACAACAGAAAGGGGACGUCAAAAGGAGCCGAGCACCCAAAACACUGAGUGCAGAUCAAACGGAGAGUCUGAGGAGAGGAGAAACGUGGGGAAACUGGGGCACAUGCACAUUAGUGAAACUCAGUGAAAUUUAGGAAGCAUGUGAGAGCUAAGACGGAAAAAGUGCUGAUGUCGGAAGUGUGCACCCUCCCAGGUCCUGAGCGUGACCCCCCCGCCACCCAUCCCUCCACCUCGUUCAUGCUUCAUCUGUGCCCCAUCUCCUUCUCCGUGCUCUGACCCUGUCCCCUCCUCCUUUACCCUCCUCUCCUUUUCUCUCUCUCAUGCCAUCCCUCGCGCACGGUUUCCCACAGUCAGACCAGGGAGAGCGCAGCGCCUGGAUCGCGUCUCUGCUUCUCUCUGCUUCCCUUUUCCUUCCUCUGCCAACCCUCUGCAAGCACGCUCUCUCUCUGUCUCUCUGGUUUCCUCUCCGUGGCUAAAAUCCCUCAGCUCGACAUCAGAGGCAAGACGCAAGAGAAGAGAGAACCAAUGAGGGACUAAAUUGAGGAUCCAAAGAAGAACUGAGGAGUCCUUCUUCUUGUCAGGAUUUUGGCUGCUCUGCAGUCAGUCUUCUGAGAGGAAAGACUGAAGAUGGGAAGCUCAAUCUGAGCACAGAAAGAAAGAGAAAAGGACUAUUUUGCCUAAAAGAACAAAUGAUGAAGAUGGAGCUUCUGCAAGUGAACAAAUAAGGACUUAAUCCACACACAGGAAAACUGCGAAGAACUCCAAAAGUAACAGGAACAGAAGAAAAUAGGCGGGGGAAAAAAGGAAAGAGACUCCGACAAACCAACAUAUUUUAGAAGAUCUGCCUGACGGAAUUGAGGUUCUCCUGUCAGUUUUCUUUUUUUCUCCUCAACUGUUUUCCUACGAGUUUGCCUGAAGCUCAGCCAUGCAGGUGUCCAUCGCCUGUACGGACCACAACCUGAAGAGGGGCAAUGGGGACCACAGCAAGCAGAGCGCCACCAGCCCCAAUGUGGUGAACCAGGCCAGGGCCAAGUUCCGCACUGUGGCCAUCAUUGCCCGUAGCUUUGGCUCCUUCACUCCCCGACACAUCUCCCUGAAGGAGUCGACCGGCAAACACACUGGCAUGAAGUACAGGAACCUUGGGAAGUCUGGGCUCAGAGUGUCGUGCUUGGGACUAGGUACAUGGGUGACAUUUGGAGGACAGAUAACAGACGAGGUUGCAGAGCAGCUAAUGACCAUCGCCUAUGAGAGCGGAGUCAACUUGUUUGACACAGCUGAGGUUUACGCAGGCGGCAGGGCCGAAAUCAUUCUAGGAAACAUCAUCAAGAAGAAAUGCUGGAGGCGGUCCAGCUUGGUGAUCACAACUAAGCUUUACUGGGGAGGAAAAGCCGAGACAGAAAGAGGAUUGUCGAGAAAACACAUUAUCGAAGGUCUGAAAGGUUCCCUACAAAGGAUGCAGAUGGAGUACGUAGACGUGGUUUUUGCCAACCGCCCAGACAGCAACACUCCUAUGGAGGAAAUUGUUCGAGCGAUGACCUAUGUGAUAAACCAAGGCAUGGCCAUGUAUUGGGGAACGUCCCGGUGGACAGCCAUGGAGAUCAUGGAGGCGUAUUCGGUGGCACGGCAGUUUAAUUUGAUCCCUCCGGUGUGCGAACAGGCAGAAUAUCACCUCUUUCAGAGAGAGAAAGUGGAGGUGCAACUCCCUGAACUUUAUCACAAAAUAGGAGUCGGAGCGAUGACUUGGUCACCGCUAGCGUGUGGCAUCAUUACGGGAAAAUAUGAGAACGGCAUCCCGGAAUCAUCAAGGGCCUCAAUGAAGUCGUAUCAGUGGCUGAAGGAGAAAAUAGUAAGCGAGGAUGGAAGAAAGCAGCAAGCUAAGCUGAAGGAGCUAAACCACAUUGCAGAGAAGCUGGGCUGCACGCUGCCUCAGCUGGCUGUGGCAUGGUGUUUAAGAAACGAAGGAGUGAGCUCAGUCCUUCUGGGAACAUCCAACCCUGAGCAGCUUACGGAGAACCUCGGCGCCAUCCAGGUCCUCCCUAAGAUGACCUCUCACAUCGUGUCGGACAUUGACCACAUCCUUGGCAACAGACCAUACAGUAAGAAGGACUACCGCUCUUAGAGACGACAAGGUGCAGGCUGAUGGACCGACAAGAGGUCUACUGACGACUACCCAACUUCAGCUACACCUUGAACCCUCCUUGGUUCAGAGUUCAGAUCCACAGCUCUCUCCUUGGAUGUGCCUAACCAGCCACAGACCACUCUAGCCGGAAAUGGCCAACCUUGCUACAUCCGAGCAUUGCAUUCUGUAACUAUCUUCAGUCGAGACUUACGGUUCGAUCAGCUCUACCGCGUUCAUCUCAGGUGCAGUCCAGCUCAGCCAAGAAAAGCUCAGACUUUCCAUGGCCUCAACCGCAGCUUAGUCGAUCAAAACUUUCCGCCACCAAUCAGAGGCAUUUGCUACUCGGCUAGCGUGCAAAGAUACAGAAAUAGAACUAUGCAGAGAUCAGAGUAGCUCAGAUCCAACCGCAUGCUUAAAUUAUUGAAACACUAGACCCACUGUUAGAAAAGGUUAAAGUUCUGAUACACAUUUAUGUUGAGACUUUAACAUGUUCACUGCUACAUCUCAUUUUUAGAGAUACUAGACUUGUCAUUAACUCCAGCUGUUUCAUGAAGACAAAGAGGCAUUGCAGAGCUAUUUAAAAUUAAAGUGCCUUUUUUAAGUGCACCUUGAUAACUCAUCAGAAAACAUAUAAGGCUUGUAAUAACAACUCAUUUAAGCACAAAAUUCAUAUUGUUUCGCAGCAGAGUACUCCAGUAGAGGCACCUUAUGUAUAGAAAUUAGACAAACCUCAAAUGAGUAGAGACCUCAGAUGCAUGCUGAACAAAUCCCUUAUUCAGACCUUUUAUUAAUAUGCUGAGCAGCGUAGCAAAAUAAAUUACCAUAAGCGCUUCAAACUCUCACCUCCUUUGUCAGAGGUGCCUACUAAAGUCUGGGAUGAAACAUCUUCCAGUCUUUACAAACAACAAGGUGACUCCCUCACACUUCCUGCAAAAACGAGCUUUAUGAAUAUAGAUAGGACCUCGACACUCA